GAACGCCUCGCUGUAGACUGAUAAUAAAACAAUCGUGAGUCGCGUUAAGAUGGUCAAACUCAAAUUAUAGCGAUUUAGUUCUCUUCUCGAGCAGAUAAGUCGCAAACGAGCCUCUUCAAAAGGUUGCAAGGAGGAGCAGGGCGUCUUGAAGUGGUCCCAAUGCGAAGUUACCAGUUCAUGAUAGCGUAGAAUAGGCCUACUUUGCGGUGAGUUACGCCUGUAACCAUAGUCUUCUGCUCGGGUUAUGGAGAACUACCUGCAACAUCGAAUGGAAAUCAAUGAUCCCCCAUCCCUGGCUGACACCUGUCUCGCCUCGGUAUGCCGCCACUUUGACCAGCUGUGUGUGGAGCGUGAAGAUGGAUCACUUUGUUUCCACCAUUGCCCCUUUUUUCCUCAGAUGCUGGCAGACCAGCUGCUACGCAACAUGGCAGAAGAAGGCGUGCUGAAUGACCGAACCAUUGGCGUGUUCCGCAGCGGCGAGCACCUGCGACUCAGUUGUGUGUCCAUUUGGGCCUCUCGCCUUUCUGCGGAGGCCUUCAGUUUGGCAAUGCAGCCCCACAAACUCCAGGAGCUGAGUGUGUCCAAAGUUGAAGGGUUGACUGUGUCGGAUGUGGUACUCUGCCUGGCGGCCAACACAGAGUCUCGAGAGAAGAUCCAGCGCCUUGACCUGAGCGGUCUUAUAAUGGGAGACGGAAGCGUGGUGAACAGGCCUCUCGCCUUCAGCUCCAUGCCGUCCCUGAGGACCGUGCGCCUGCCAGGGACCGAGCUGGAGGACUCCGGGCUUGCGGACAUCUGCACGCUGCCUCAGCUGGAGGUCCUGGACAUCUCCAGCACGCACGUCACUGACCUCACGCCCCUGCUGGACUGCCAGGGCACCCUCAAGUCCCUCUCGGCCCACGGCCUCAAGUGUCUGGAGAUGCCCGAGACUCGCCUGCUGCUGGUGCUGAACCGACUGCAGGGACUCCGACACCUGGACCUCUCUCACCUCAGCCUGAUCAGCGAUGGCCUCGGGGUGAUGGACCAGCUGCUGGAGAAGCCAGGCAUCUUCCCGGCGCUGGCGUCGCUCGACGUCUCGGGCAACCGGGAGGUCACGGACGCCAUGAUGGAGUCGUUUCUGAGGGACCGGCCACACAUGCGCUUCGUCGGGCUGCUGGGUACCCAAGCAGGAUUCAGCGACUUCUUCACUGCUAAAUGCAGCUUAAAGGUUACGGGAGAGGCAAACAUUGGGCAGGUCAGCGAGGCCCUGCGGCGAUACAGUGAGCGAGAGAGCCUCACGCACCAGGCUCUCGUACAUCUGGGCAGCCUGUGUGCCGACCUGGAGGAGCCCCUGCCAGAAGUCUUAAAGCUUGUGACCACGGCGAUGAAGAACAACAAGGGGUCCUUGCAUGUGCAGGUGGCGGCCACAGCCUGCGUCUUCCAUCUCACGACACGAAACAACUGCCUGGGCAUACCUAUGGACCUGCUAAAAGCCGCAAUGCAACAGCUUUUGGCAGCCAUGAGAAACUUUCCAAACCAAGAUCAGCUGCAGAGGAAUUGCUUGCUGUCACUCUGCAACGAUUGGAUCUUACAAAAUGUGGCCUUUGACAGGUUUGAGGGAGCUAAACUGGUGAUAACCUGGCUGAGCGUGUGCAGUGAUGAGACUCUCCAGAGGAUGGCUGUUGCUAUUUUUGCUGUUCUCCUGACGAAGCUCACACCUGAAGAGAACAUGCACCUUAAUGGAGAAACCUUCAUGGUUGAGCAACUCCUGGGGAUCAUCCAGCAGAGAGCCUCCACUGGCAUCAUCAACUCCACGCUCAAGUUCGCUCUGAGUGCCCUGUGGACCUUAACGGACGAAUCCCCCUCAGCAUCUCAGUAUUUCAUUCAGUGCCAGGGCCUGGACUUGUACCAGGAAGUGCUUGAGACCUACCACACAGAUUUUGAGGUCCAAAAAAGAAUCUUGGGUUUGCUGAACAACGUUGCAGAAGUGGUGAACCUUAGAACAGAGUUGAUGGACGAAGAGCUCCUUGAGUACCUGUACUCCCUCCUGGAUGACCAGCGCGUGGACAUCAGUGUCCGCUACUUCGCCGGUGGCAUCUUGGCCAACCUCCUGGCCGCAGGAGCCGAUGCUUGGAGUUGGAGCCUCGACCUGAAGUUCCGUGACAUUGUCCAGGCCAAGCUGCAUUCGUCCGUGCUGGGAUGGGCUACACCAGAACAAGGAAUGGUAGCCUAUAGGUCUUUCCGGCCAUUCUACCCUUUGCUACAUUCUUCCCAACCCACCGGUGUUCAGCUCUGGGCAGCAUGGGCAGUCCAUCUGGUCUGUGGACAAAAUGCAUCUCUGUAUGUUGAAAUUCUUCAGUCAGAGGAUGGCCUGUCUGUUAUUAAGGAGCUCCUGUUGCAUCCUGACACUGAUGCAGAUGUCUGCAAACAUUUGGAGGGGAUCGUGGGCAUCUUUGAAUCACACUUAGAUCAGCCACUCCAAGAAGACGGAGACGGCCAUUGACAUUAACAUGGUCGACAUAAUCAGACUACUUAACAUGUGUUGGGGUAUCUGUCACCCAGGCCCUGCACGUGCACCGCUCCCGGAGCCCCAUGACUGGCCUCUCUAUGAGAUGGCUCAGAUUCCAUUUUAGCAACUUGGUGAUGGGUGUUGAACUGCUGAAACAGAUGGUUUUGUAAAAGGGGGUGUGUCUCCUUCAAUCCUGGGUUUUUUAAACAGAUGACUCAUAGUGUGUACAAUGAAUAAUGGAAGGUUUUCAUUUAUUUUUUGUUUCUCAUAUUUCUUCAAAGAGCUAUGAACUUUAGGGUGUUGGCCAUGGAUUUGCCUUUUUGACAGUGUUAGAUGAGGAUACAAUUCUGCAUUGUUUAUUCUCAAAGGUGAGAAAGGAGUACGUUUCUUAAGGGUUUUCCAAGUUAGUAAUACUAAGCUGCUGCAAGAUAAAGCUGUAAAAAAUUAAAUUAUUUUUUGACUGAUAGUGUUGAAAUUUAGAAUUGUAAUGUAUUUCAUAUAAUACAUGUAUUCAUUUAUUUACUUUGUUAAAAUAAUAUUUGUAACAAAUACUAUUUUUUCAUUAUUUUGGUCUGUGUUAAAAAAUGAUGGUA